UACCAAUCGGACACUUCUUUCCAAACACUAGUAGUAAUAAAAAGCAAGAGAAAACGGAGCUACGAUCAAGACUGUGAGAGCUGGGGUUGAGAAAGUAAGAAAGAGAAAAAUAGAAUGGCGAGCGAGGAAGAAAGCGCAGUGAAGGAGCCUUUGGAUCUCAUCAGACUCAGCCUGGAUGAGCGCAUCUACGUCAAGCUCCGUUCCGACCGUGAACUCCGCGGCAAACUCCAUGCUUAUGAUCAGCACUUGAAUAUGAUUCUUGGUGAUGUUGAAGAAAUUGUUACCACUGUAGAAAUUGAUGAUGAAACUUAUGAAGAGAUAGUUCGGACUACAAGGCGCACAAUGCCAUUCCUUUUUGUUAGAGGAGAUGGUGUGAUAUUGGUUUCCCCGCCACUAAGGACAGCUUGAUUUUCGAGUAGAAGAGUAGGAUACCUACUAUGACAUAUUUUAUGUUACUGUAUUCUUAACCUUAUCAAAGCUUAUUUUCCAUUGCAGUGUUGAAUAUGUUUGAAUUAUAUAUUAUUCAGGGUUUAUCUUACUGAUUUAGAAAACACUUGAUUACCUUC